CCACUGAGCCACCUCUCCAGCCUUGAGAGUGCAAGCUCCCUUAACCACUGAGCCACCUCUCCAGCCCUGAGAGUAUUUUCAGUAGAAAGCUGUAGUAUUCCUGCUGUCCAGAGUAUUGACUGAGCCAGUGUGUGCCAGCCACUGUGCUGAGGUCCUCAAGGUCUCUGGUCCCGUGGUGAUUCUGAGCUGGUGGCAGUGCUGCCAACCAGAAGAGGUGCUCUGGGCAUGCCCCCCUCUGCCACGUAGAAGCCUGACCCAAGUCACAUCCCCCAGACUCCUGGGGCCUCCACACCCCUAUCUCACGCAGGGUCACUGAGACUGUUAAAUACAUAGGACAGUGCCUGGAACAUAAUACUCUCUCUUAAACUUUAGCUACUCUUUUUUAAAAUACAAAAAAAUAUUUCGUGUAUGUGUGUAUUUGUGACACUGUGCCAGGGCAAGUGUGUGGAGGUCUCAAGACAGCUUCUGGGAGUUGGUUCUUCUACCAUGUGGACGCUGGAGAUCAAACUCAGGUCGCCAGGCGUGGCAGCAGGUUCCCAGCUCUCUGCAGCUUUUCCUCUUCCUGGAGCUCUGUCCUACCAUCUCGUCCAUGCCCCAGUCUGUACACCCCCCGGCUGGUCUCUCUGUUUUCUCAUCACUGCGGCUCCACAGCAACAUGGAAGCGUGUACUGGAAGACCGGAGCCAGCCUGGCACUGUCGGGCCUGUCGCCAGCUCUCCCGUUACAUCAGCAGUUGCAGGACUGCUUCUCCGUCAGCGACUCUCCCAUAUGGAUGGACUCCAGUACCACAGCCCAGUGCCGCCAGCUGGAGGCUGCUGUGGGUGGGGCCCGGGCUCUCAGCUGCCUCACAGGGUCCCGGGCCUAUGAGCGCUUUACAGGGAACCAGAUAGCAAAGCUUUUCCAGCAAAACCCCGAGGCCUACAGACACUCCGAGCGUAUUUCCUUGGUCAGUAGCUUUGCUGCUUCUCUGUUCCUGGGGGGGUACUCGCCCAUCGACUACAGUGACGGUUCUGGAAUGAAUUUGUUGCAGAUCCAGGACAAAGUCUGGUCUCAAGCUUGUCUUGGUGCCUGUGCCCCCCAUUUGGAGGAGAAGCUGGGCUCACCUGUUCCUUCGUGCUCAGUUGUGGGAGCCAUUUCUUCCUACUAUGUCCAGCGCUAUGGAUUCUCUCCAGCAUGCAAAGUGGUGGCCUUCACGGGGGACAAUCCAGCGUCGCUGGCAGGCAUGAGGCUGGAGGAAGGUGACAUUGCGGUCAGCCUGGGCACCAGCGACACCCUAUUUCUCUGGCUUCAGGAGCCCACACCUGCCCUGGAAGGCCACAUCUUCUGCAACCCAGUAGACACGAAGCACUACAUGGCCCUUCUGUGCUUCAAAAAUGGCUCCCUUAUGAGAGAGAAGAUCCGAGAUGAGUCUGCUUCCUGUUCCUGGAACAAGUUCUCUAAGGCCCUGCAGUCCACGGAGAUGGGGAACAAGGGGAACCUGGGUUUUUAUUUCGAUGUAAUGGAGAUCACCCCUGAAAUUAUCGGGCGUCAUAGGUUUAAUGCGGAAAACAUUGAGGUCUCAGCAUUCCCUGGGGAUGUGGAGAUUCGAGCUCUGAUCGAAGGACAGUUCAUGGCCAAGAGGGUUCAUGCAGAAGGCCUGGGCUACCGAGUCAUGCCUAAAACAAAGAUCCUGGCCACAGGAGGAGCAUCUCACAAUAAAGACAUCUUACAGGUGCUUGCGGAUGUGUUUGGGGCCCCCGUGUAUGUCAUGGACACCACCAGUUCAGCCUGCGUGGGCUCCGCAUACCGGGCCUUUCAUGGCCUUGCAGGAGGGACAAGUGUGGCCUUUUCAGAGGUUGUGAAAUCAGCCCCACAUCCCAGCCUGGCUGCCACCCCCAGCCCAGGAGCUUCCCAGGUCUAUGAGGCCCUCCUCCCUCGGUAUGCUGAACUUGAACAGAGACUCUUGUCUCGGGCCCGGGGGCCUCUGGAAUGAACUCCGUGUGCCCUGGCAGCCUGCCGCCUCCCUCCACCCCGACUCCCAGGUGGCACUGUCCCCUUGCUUGUUCUGAGCAGCUUCUGGGCUGUGUUGACUCAGUGGAGCGCUCCUGUCCUGUCCUGGACCAUCCUGAAGCUGGCCAUGACUCCCUGGAGACAUGUGGGCCGCCUCUGCCCCAGGGUGGGAACCAGCUCUCCUUUUCUGGCUUUCAUUCCAGGAGGCAGGAAAAUACAGUGUAUAGGGAAGGUGUGGCCACCAAAGACGAUCACCUUCCCCAUUCCAAAGGCAGAAAGCAAGCUCUCUUUUAGGACCGAACUCAGCAGAAUGGGGGACAGCCUUCUUCCUGACUUACCCUCCUCCGUGGUCCUCACCUUUCGACACCCCACCCCACACUGGGGCCUCCAUCCUUCCCUGCAAACCAGACUUGACAGUGCCCCCUCAUCACCUUCCUACCUGUUUCUACCCCGUUUCUUUAAGUGCCUUCCCAGGGUCCUCUCCUGUCUGUCCAUCUCCUCCCUUUCCUACCCGUACCUUCCUGGUUAACUUCCCACACAAGAUGACCUUCAUGGGCUUGGUGAAUACUCUUCCUGUGCCCUCCCCCAGCUCGGUCUAUACCAGACUGGGGCUGACCAGGUCACCUGGCUGGGCCAUUGCCCAGGCUAGCCACUUUAGGGUUCACCCCUGUUUCAUUGUAGUUCACAUGAUGGCAAUGUUGUGUUUCUCUUCGAGACAUUUCUAAAUGCUGGAUUUUUAAAAAAAAUUUUUUGAGACAAGGUUUCCUGUAGCCCAAGCUGCCCUCAAACUUUCUUUGCAGCUGAAGGUGACCUUAAACUCCUGAUCUUCCUGAUCUGCCAAGUGCUGGGAUUAAAGGCAUGUGCCACCACACCUGGUUUAUGUAGUACAGGGAAUCCCAUGGCCCCAUGCAUGCUGGGCAAACACUGCCAGCUGAGCCAACUCCCAGCCUGGAUUUCCUUUUGACUUGGCACACUUUCUGACUCUCACUUCCACUCAUCCUAUUAUAUUUGUGCAGAUGCUGAGUCCUCCCCUCCUUCCUCUUCACUUUUUUUUUUUUUUACCUUAGACUUCUCUGUUCCUUGCUCAGAUAAGCCCCCUGUGACCUCGCUCCUGUGACACCCCCCAGAGUUUUCCUUUGCCACAAGGCCGCACCAAACUCAGGACUUGUUUCAAACUGGAUCUGGUGCAGUGGCAAGAUGUUGCAGACAGGUGUGUGAGAUCACAUGGAUCAGAGCAGUGACUGCUGGGAAGUCCAAAGGACAGAGCAUAGACUAGAAGAGCACCUUCCACCCGGAAGGGAAGGGCUCCGUGUGUGUCGGGGAAAGGAGCUGCAGGCAGCCACCAUCACCACAGCAAACCGGAGCUGCGGAGGAGACGCCGCGGGGCCUCUGCUCGUCAGAGCUGACAAACACCGAGCCACAGCAGAAGCAGCGCCAGGACCACAAAACCGUGAACUAAGAAGACGUCCUAACAUAGCUCUUGCUUACAAUAGAUCAGACGGAUGCCAUGGGUGACAAAUGAAAACGCAAAUCCAAAUGGAAGCACACCAGGCUUAUGGGGGGACAGUGGCUGAGCAGAACAGCACCGUGACUGUACAGAGACCGGCUUACAGUGUCAGAGGGGCAGACAUGGCAGGAGGUCAAGGAGGCAGAAGGAAAGACGGAGAAGAAAAGACAACACAGGAACGGUAGAGCGCUCGGCGACGGAAGACAAGAUCCCUGUUGAUAACUGGAACUACCCAAAAUAAAAACAAAUUCUUGAAUACACCCCAAA